GUGGUCUCACUGCAAUUGGCUGCAAAAAAUUAAAAAUUAUUUAGACUGUCAAUUUGGACCUUUCUUUUAGUUUUUUAGUUUUUUUAAAAAGUGCCAUGGCAGCACAAAUUCAGUGGGGCUACGAUGUGCUGAAGCAGAUGGCCAUUGAAGGUGCCUCCAAUGCAGACUUGGACGAGCUAAAGGAACUCUUUUCCAGUGAAAUCGGAUCCACCCGAAAAAGUGAUCGUAUCAACACAAUAGAAGAGCUAAUUGAUUGCCUAGAAAGAGGUGAUGAAAUCAGCGAGGAGAAACUUGAUCCUCUGCGAUCUCUUGGCAUACGAAAUGUGCAGUUGCAAGAAGCACUAAGCGUUUACCAAAAAGUUGAACAUCCUAGAGUUUCCGUAAAUCAGUAUCAGGAACAAAGACUGGCCGAGGAGCUGCAGCAACAGUUGCACAUAAGUCCGCAGCGCAUUCCCCAACCGGUUGCAACUCAGCAGAACUACGUGACUGUUGCUCAGUUUACGGAUGAGAAGCGUGCUGCAGUUUUCAAAAAGAUAUCACAGGAAUUGGGACGCUCCUGGCGAGAUCUCGGUCGCAAACUGGGCAUUGGAGAGGGCGCCAUGGAUGAGAUCGAGGCUCGCUUCCCACAAGACUUGAAAUCACGCAUUCUACGGCUGCUGCAGAUCUUCGAGGAGGACGAGUGCAAUGAUCCAAGGCAACUACUCUUGCAGCUCUGUCGUGGACUCUCCGACUGUGGCCGGAAGGAUUUGCGACGCCGUGUUGAGCAAAUCAUGUCCCACUGAAGCGGCAAAUGUGAUUCCCAUCUUUUUUAUAAUACAUGUACCUACUUAUCCAAAAAUCUGAUCAUUAAAAUUCACAUUUUUAAACUUUA